ACAAAGGUCUCCGCUACGCGCGUAUGUAUAUAUGUACGUACACAUGCCGUAUCGUACAUCAUCGGUAGCGAGCGCGAUACCGAUGAUGUCGGGGCGGUGAGGAGCAUUCCUCAGGAGUGAGGAUAAGCGCACGAGGAUAAAAACGAAAUGGAUCGGUGGCACGCGCUGUGAUUGGUCGCCGCCCCGGUGGUCGUCACUUACCCCGAAAAUCGGCCCGAAUUCCGGGAAACGGUACCGAGGCCUUUGACGCCCCGCGUCCCCCUCCGGGGUAACUCCCCUUUUACUUGUUACCACCGCCAUAUUUUGUUUACACCGCGCACACCGCGCCGCACACCGUCGGUCGAUCGCCCGAUCGCUUGCUCGCGCGGAUUACAACGACAGGUUACAGCGCUGCCGCCGAUCGAGUUGGACGGCAGCAGCGGCGAGGACGAGGACCAGGCCCGGGACGAAGAGACAGAGAUUCAUCGGCGGGACCAGGACCAGGCCCCGCGACACCACACCACCGUCUCGAUAAUUCUGAUAGAUCCGACACAGUGCCAUCGUCGUCGUGCAGCGUCGCAACGUGGUGAGGCAGGCGGAGGUCGUGGCGGAUACGUCGCUCGUCGAACGGCAGGAUGAGGCCCGACGAGAUGGUGGUGAACAACGGCGAACCACGGCGGGCGGCGGAAACGAUGUCGGAGACAUCGGAGGGCACUGCGACCACCAGCGUGUCCGGCAAAUCCGGCUUCGAGAGUCGCGAGGAGCUGCGUGACCUCGCAGCCCUGUUGGGUAUCAACGACCCCGAGGAUCUGCAUCAGGAACGCUUCCGUGUGGACCGUCGCAAGCUGGAGCAAAUGCUUCUCGGUGAUGUCAAACCAGCUGAUACUUUCUUCCACAAUGUUAUGGAGAGAACAAACACCAUUGUUACAUGGCCAUCAAGACUGAAAAUCGGCGCAAAGUCAAAGAAAGAUCCGCAUAUAAAAGUCGCAGGACGACUAGAUGAUGUACGAUCAGCAAAGGAGAAGAUAAUGGAAAUUUUAGACACACGGCAAAGUAACAGAGUAACCAUGAAGCUGGAUGUUAGUUACACCGAUCAUUCGCAUAUCAUCGGCAAAGGUGGUCUGACGAUUAAACGAGUGAUGGAGGAAACUGGUUGCCACAUCCAUUUCCCAGACAGCAAUCGCAGUAAUCACCAAGAUAAGAGCAAUCAAGUCUCCAUUGCUGGCGAGAUGGAGAGCGUUGAACGCGCUCGCGCUCGUGUUAGGAACCUGACACCACUGAUCUUUUCCUUUGAGCUGCCUAUAAUGGGCGCUUCGCAGAGCAUGCCAGACUGCACUUCGCCGUACGUGGUGAAGAUACAAGAUAAGUUCAAUGUUCAGGUGAUGUUUCGUACAAGACCGAAGCUGCACGCUACCCUAGUAGUUGUCAAAGGAUGCGAGUGGGAAGUUUCUCAAGUCAAAGAAGCGACACAAUUACUGAUUCGUCAUAUGUGCAAAAAUCUAGCUAGUCAAAUCCAAGUACAAAUGUCGAUGGAGAUCUCACCUCAACACCAUAGCAUCGUCUUAGGGAAACAGAGUAGCAAUUUGAAGAUGAUUAUGCAACGUACUGCCACGCAGAUUAUGUUUCCUGAUGCCGGCGAUCCGAAUAUACCUAGCCUCAAGAAAAGCAAUGUUACUAUUACUGGCGAUAUACAUAAUGUAUAUUUGGCUAGACAACAAUUAGUAGGCUCGUUGCCACUGGUACUUAUGUUCGAUCUGCCAGAAGAUUCUAUGACUGCUUCAGUGGAUGCGGAAAAGAUCUCCCAGCUAAUGCAGUCUUUGGACGUGUUUAUCAACGUACGUCAUAAGCCGAAACAGAGUACACUCUCUGUCAUUAUCAAGGGAAUCGAGAGAAAGGCCAGUAAUAUUUACCAGGCGCGGAAACAAUUGCUGGGACUGGACGAGCCCAUAGUAACCGCUGAAAUACCGGUUACUUAUCACAUUCCGAAUGCUGGCAAUAUUUUCCAGAGCAGUUCCAAUAACGAUAGCUCCAACAACAACUUGAUUAGCGGCGUACAGGAAAAUUUCUCGAGCAUAUUAAAUGUAAACACGCAAAAUUCGUCGUAUUGCGUAUCGCCGAUUUCGCACUCACCGAAUUCUCUGGGUCUGUCGCCACAUUGGGGCCUUACUCAUCAUUAUGUUUCGUCACUGUGUCCGUAUCCUUACUCUCACAUAAAUCAUCUGCUGACGACACAACACAUGCUACACAACAAUAUAAUGGGAACUUCUCACGGACCCCAUGGAUUAUCGAACCACGUGAUGCCUCCCGGUCCUCCCGGUAUUGGAGCAUUUCAUCAUAACAAUGUACCGACCAACUUUUCCGGUAUCCACGGUCUGAACGCCAAUUCGUUAAUGGAUAGCAAAGAUGGUGGCAGUGCUUAUUCUUCGCUAAGUAGCGUUUCUAGUUCUUUAUCUAGUCCUGCUAUUAGUCCUCGUAACAUCUCACCAGUCAAUCCUACGGAUACUAAUACUAACUUAGCGGAUCUAUCUAGCAUGUUGUCCGAUUUACCGGUUACCGAUCGACGUGCACCUGGUUGUGAGAAGAAAUCGCUUGAGAUGGCUGCGCAGCAGAAUCUCACGCCCUUCGAUUAUGAGCAGAAGAAACUAUUGGCUACAAAGGCAAUGCAGAAUAAAUCAAACACCAACGAUUUCCGCGUACCAACGUCUGCUUGGUCUGGUUAUGGUCUUAGCCAAAGUAUUCCGCCAAUAACUACGAGUGACUUAAGCAAGGAGCUGACGUCACAUCCUUCAGAUUUAUGGAAAGAACCGACCACGCCGGUGGUGUUCAGUACCGAGAUGGAUUUCGGUAGUAUUAUCUCGAGCAAGGAUCGUGUUGGACAGAUCGGGAUGGCCUCAAAUUAUAUGGAUCAUACGCCGACUUCCCAUUUGAAUAAAAUUACAUCGUCCCAUCGUUUCAAUGAUCUGGGCAGUAUGUUGACUAGUAUCGGCUUGGAGAAAUAUAUACGCCUGUUCACGUCUCACGAGGUGGACAUGGCCACGUUUCCAUCCUUGACAGAGAAGGAUCUUUGUGAAAUUGGAAUUGGCGCUUGGGGUGCAAGGCGCAAAAUAAUGCUAUUAAUAUCUGAAAUGAACAAACGAACUAGUCCGUUCUCUGGAAGUGCUGCGCCCGGCGCUGAACGGAAGGCAUCCUCGUCGUCGGCGCCAACGUCGGCGAUUGGGAAAUGUAAUUUGGACACUAAAUGGUAAAAGAAAAAUAAUCGCGUGUAUGUUAUCCGUCCCGAACGUAAUGGCGUGUCAGCACUAUCAAGACCCGAUUUCAAAGAUCCGUUGCACACCAAUUGUAAUUAUGGAAACAGAUAUACAUACGUACUUAAUAAUGUUGAUCGUGUGCGUAAUUGUGGGGACCAUUACGCCGUUAUACUGAUCGUUCGGACGGAAUAAACGUGGAUUUACGGAAAACUAAAAAGGGCUAUGUCGGCUAUUCAGCUCGUGAGAAUUCGACAGAUGCGGUACGAAUAGCCAAAUAAUUUGCAUGUUGAUGAUUUGAAGUUACUUAAAUAUCAGGAGAAAGUUAUUUUUGCCGAGAACUGGCUGUAUUAUUUUUUUUCCUCAUUUUUUUUCGCUGUUCUCGGCGCGCGGCCGAAAGGUGCCUUAGGAUUUAGGGUAGUCGUUAUUAUUUUCGCAGUCUUUGUUCGUUAGCUAAGAUGGACAUUCGCGUCGCAAUCGUUCCGUUCUUGUUAAUAAAUUUUUCUACAUGAGUACUAACGAUAUAAUCGAUUUCAAUUAAUAAAACAAACAAAACGCGUCAGUUGCGUGGCGAAAAAAAAAUCAUGUGAAAUUAUAUUUGAAACUUUUGCGAAACGUCGACGCGGGUGUCCUCUUUAUUAUAUCGUGGUUCGCUUGAUGACCGGAUGAUCAGUACGUGUGAGUGAAUGUGCGUAUGUGUGCAUGAAAUGCGUAUCGGGCAUAAAUGUUUCGAGUAAAAUCUAAAAAAAAAAAAAAUCAAAAAGGAG